AAUAAAUAACAAUAUUAUUCGAUAACAUUUGAAAUUAAUCGUAUACUACAUGUAGUACAAUUAAAUAUACAAAUGUUUACAUUAUCACGAAUGUAUAUAAAUAUGCAUAUAAGAAUUGACGAAGGUACAAAUAUCAAUAUGAUUUUAGCAUUAAAAACAUAACUUUGAAUGUUUUUUAAUGUAAAGUAUCAUUGAAAAUAAUGUGAAAAUAGUUGUUAAUCAAAUACUUGUAACAAUCAGUAAAUAACGCAUUAUAAAACUCAUUUUCUUCAAUGCGCAUAAUCCCAGUGGUUAUCCUCAUCAGCUGAUAUAAUAAACAAAACUAUGACAAUAUAUAUUUAUAUAAAUAUAUUUUGUACAAUUUAUAAAGUCUGAAGUUAUUUAUUAAAGUUACGAUAAUAUAAACAAAUAAAUUCUUAAGAUGUCAUUAAGAAAAUUUAUGCAUCCAAGGAAUAAAUAUAAAAAAGUACCAGACUUCAAACAACUUGCAUUACAAUAUCCUGAAUUUCGUAAUGUUGCAAAUAUAGAUAUAGCAGGCAAAGUGAAGAUUGACUUCAAGAAUGAGGAGAGUUUACGAGUACUCACAGAAGUAUUAUUAAAACAUGAUUUUAAUCUAGAAGUGAAAAUACCUCCAAAGAAAUUAGUACCUACAUUGCCAUUGCGUUUGAACUAUAUUUUAUGGAUUGAAGAUUUAAUGAAACAUGCUUCUUUUCAUGACAUGGAAGAAAUUAUAGGAAUAGACAUUGGUACAGGGGCAGUUUGUAUUUACCCUUUGUUGUUUGCAAAAAUGUAUGAAAAUCAAAUGAUUGGAACAGAAGUCGAUGAAACCAGCAUACAAACAGCCAAUCAUCAGAUUGAAAAUAAUAAGUUGCAACAUUUAAUAAAAAUACUAAAGGUAGAUGAAAAAACAAUUUUGAAAGGUGCAGUUGACAAAGAUCAAGUAUACCAUUUCUCAAUGUGUAAUCCACCUUUUUUUAAAAUAGAGGAAGCACCAGAUAAAGUGCCAAAACGACUACCACCAAGAAAUGCUCCAACUGGAAACAGUGGUGAACUUACAGUUCAGGGUGGCGAAAGAGAAUUUGUAACACAGAUGAUUAAUGAGAGUAUAGAGACGAAAGAAAAAAUCAAAAUUUAUACUACAAUGUUUGGAAGAAGAAGCAAUUUAUUAUUUUUGUUGAAAUUUUUAAAGAAAAAGAAUAUAGAGAACGCAACGUGGACGGAAUUUUGUCAGGGUCACACAAAACGAUGGGGAUUGGCAUGGUCAUUUCUACCAAAAGAUGUUAUUGACCUGACAACUGCACCUGUUAUUAGAAAAAGUGGAGAUUACAUUGCAAAGUUAUUAAGAGAGAGGCGUCCAACUGAAAUACAGUUCCCUAUGCAACAUAAAUUUUCUUCCUUUGACCAUGUAAUCAACAUUUUAGAAGAAACAAUGGAAGAGAUAAAUGUAAAAAUCAAGGAAUUAAACUUACCUAUUGACGAUUUCAAUGGGUGGUCGUGUCAGUUAAUUGCGGAAAAUGAUACAUGGUCGCAUGCACGUAGAAAGCGUCGAUUAGCUCAGAGACAAAUGAACCAAUCUAGAGAUCAUGACAGAGAAGAUACAAAUACAACAAAUGAUUUUACAAAAAAUAGUUCAGAAGAAUUAAUUGAAAAUAAUACAAAAGAUAAUACCACUGCACAAAAACAGGUUCAAUUAUCAGCAGAAAACGUGGAUAUGAAAGAACCUCUGCUAAUAUGUAGCUUUUUUGUUGAACCGAUAGAGCAUGAAGAAUCUGAAAAUGAUGACAUAAAAAUAUCUAUGAUUUUUGAAAAAGGAACUGGUGGAAUAAAUGCUUUAGAAACAUUUAAACAGUACUUAAUAAACAAAUUAGACGUCAGGGAGUAUUUUCAAAAGCAGUGCGCAAGACCUAAUAAAAAGAAAAGGAAGAGAUUAAAAAGUGGUACAAGUAAUGAUGCUAAUUCGCAAGAAAGCGAAAAAUCAUUUGAAAGCAGUGUGGAAUCUGUUUAGGCUAUUAAUAUUCCAUAUAAAAUGGCUAAUUGCAUGUGUAAAUUCUAUGAAAUUAUGUAACAGAUUCGGAUCCUCGCAUACGAUGACGAUAAAAUAAUGACAGAUGAAAGAAAGCUUUUUACGUGAUGUACAUGAUAUAAAAAUGAUAACAAAGUUGUAUGAAUA